AUGAGGGAAAGGAAGACAACAGAUCCACUCAAUUCAACAGAUCCACUUCAUUCAUCCACAGAUCUGAGUGAAGGGAAGGAGAAGUUAAGACUGAAACAAGAGGUCGGUCUGAUUAGCGGCGUGUCAUUAAUUGCAGGCACCAUGAUAGGCUCGGGGAUCUUUAUGUCCCCUGAGUGGGUACUACAUCACAUGGGGACCCCUGCCAGCAGCCUCCUGAUCUGGGCAGCAUGUGGUCUCCUGGCCAUGUUUGGAGCCUUGUCAUAUGCUGAGCUUGGAACAAUAAUUAAAGAGUCUGGAGGAGAAUAUAUUUACAUUUUGAGGAUUUUUGGUUCUUUUCCUGCUUUCCUUUUCGCCUACACUUCUGUCAUCCUGGUGAGACCAGCUGGUUUGGCAGCUGUCUGUCUGAGCUUUGCUGAGUACGCCAUUGCGCCGUUCUACCCAGGAUGCUCAUCUCCGCAGGUAGCCAUCAAAUGUACAGCUGCUGCCUGCAUCCUGAUUUUAACUAUCAUCAACUGUCUCAACGUGAGGCUGGCGACAUCUGUCAUGAACAUUUUUACAGCUGCCAAACUCUUGGCUUUGUUUGUGAUUGUGGUGGGUGGGUUGGUGCUCCUUGCCAAGGGACAAACUCAGAGUUUCCAGAAUGGUUUUCAAGGCACAACUGCAGGUAUUGGGACAGUUGGAGUGGCAUUUUACCAGGGACUCUGGUCCUAUGACGGAUGGAACAACCUAAAUUAUGUAACUGAGGAACUGAAGAAGCCUGAGGUAACCCUUCCCAGAGCUCUGAUGAUUGCCAUUCCUUUGGUUACGUGCCUGUAUGUGCUGGUAAACGUGAGCUACUUGGCAGCCAUGACUCCCUCUGAACUGCUGUCUUCAGGAGCUGUGGCUGUCACCUGGGGGGACAAAGUCCUUGGCAGCUGGGCAUGGCUCAUCUCCCUGUCGGUGGCCCUGUCUACUUUUGGUUCAUCCAAUGGCACCUUCUUCAGCGGGGGCCGUGUGUGCUACAUUGCUGCCAGGGAGGGCCAUAUGCCAGAUAUUCUGUCCAUGGCUCACGUGCGAUGCCUCACGCCCUCCCCUGCUCUGCUGUUUACGUCUGCAAUGUCUUUAAUAAUGAUAAUAUCAGGAAACUUCACCAGUAUCGUGAACUUUUUCAGUUUUAUGGCAUGGUUUUUCUAUGGAAUGACUAUUUCUGGGCUCCUGUAUUUAAAAAUCAAGAAACCAGAACUGCCAAGAUCUUACAAGGUCCCAAUUAUCAUCCCCAUAAUUGUGCUGCUGGCAGCUGUGUACCUGGUGUUAGCUCCCAUCAUUGAUCAACCCCAAAUAGAGAUCCUCUACAUCGUCCUGUUCAUUUUCAGUGGCAUAAUUUUUUAUUUCCCACUGGUUCGCUUUAAGUACCACCCUCGCUUCUUACAGACAGUCACUUUAUACCUCCAGUUGUUGCUGGAAGUUGCUCCAACUACCAGGGAUGCAAACUGA